AUGUAGCUAUAAUAAACUCUAGAGAUUGAUAUGGAGCUUUAUAAUAAGCUCCUUAAAUGCGGAAUAUUUAGAGCAAGUCCAAGAGUCAAAACUAACUUUGAAAAGAAAAAGACUUUGUUGGAUCAAGAAACCUCAGCUAUAUUUGAAAAUGGAAUAGCUCUUGGCAAAUAUUUAAUUGUCCUUCGAGAUGCUUUGAAAAUUGGAAUUGAAAUAGACUCAGAUUCUAGGAGUUUAAUUGUAGCUGGAGAUCAAGAGUAAAUACUUAUUGCUUUUUAGAGAGUUGAAAGAUUCCUUGUAAAAAUUGCUGGAAAAUAGAUCUUAAACUUUGACGGAAUAAAGUCAUCAGCUGAAGUCAAUGUUCCAAUUCCUACUUUGGAGACUGCAACUGAAAAGAGUAACGCUCGUCGAGGCUCAAAACCAAACUAAAAAAAAGAUACUGAGAGUACUCUUGAGUUGAUUUUAAAUACUCUUUGCAGAGCAUUUUAGAUGAAACCGAAAUAAGCAGCUGCAUUGCUCACAAAUAAUAAUUAGUUCCUUAUUCAUUCAAUAGUUAAGGGAGUCAAGGGUAGAUAUGAACCUCUCAUCAGCUGGUAUUAAGAUAUAUAUGCUAAUAGCAAGCAUUUAACAAAUCUACUUGAGCUAGAGAUUGAAUAGUUUCCAAGUUCCACAAAUUUCUAAAAGGUGUUGGCCACGAUGAGUUGUGGAUUAUACAGUCACAAUAUAGAUAUUUGCAAAUGGUGCAGUAAAUUAUUGACAAAAAUCGGUUAUGACUUUGGCUAGAAUUAGGUAUUAUUUUCAUAGGCUAUGCAAUGGUUCCUAGAUAAAGAAGGUGGUUUAGAAUUAAGUCUCCAUGCUCUAAAAAAACAUCCAGACCUUGCUGAGGAUUUUGUCGCUUUUGUCUCAUAGUUUAGUUCUGUAAAUGAUUAAGUUGAGCAGGUUUAUAAAAUAGAAUUGAAAAAAUACUUUAGCUCGCCACUUGAAUAUGUAAACGCAAUCAAUGAUCUUUUUCCAUUUCUAGUAUCAUAAUGCAGUGUUGAAGUUAGAAGAAGUGGAAUACUAGAUUUUUGGAUUGAGUCUUGUAUAAGACAAGCUGAUAAUGAUGGAAAGCACAGUUAUGAUGAAAGAAUUGCAGCUGUUACGUUAUUAGCAGAAAUUUGGUUAUCGUUUACUCAAAUUAUUGAUGCAAAAGAGGAAGUUGCAAAUUCAGUGCUACAAAUGCUUAAGAGAGGAGCUAGGGAUAAGCAUCGCCCCAUCAGAACAGUUUCAGUUUGUAGUUUAUUUAGGUUGCUAGAUAAAUUUUCAGAUGAAAAAAAUAGCUCAGCACCUUCAAUUUAUAAAACUCUCAUAUUCUCACUGGUAGAAAACCCUAAUGAGUCAAUUUUAAGAGAGCUCUAUUAUAUCAAUUUUACAACUCUUUACGAAGCCCAUUAAACAAUACCAGUUGGUCUAUUGAUCGAACCACUGAUAAAGUAAAUUUAAGUAACUGAGGGAGUUACAUUUUUCUACAAGAUAUUUGACUUUGACUUUUUUUCCUUUUUAGCUAAACAUCCGAAGCUUAAUAUUCAAAGUGCAAUACCCCUUGCAGAUCUAUUGGCAAAAGUGUAUCUUAAUGAAGUUUCAUAUGCAUCAGCAGCUGCUGUGCCAUUUAUUUAGAUCUGCUCUAGAUUUAUUAACGAUGAGCAAAUGCAAGAAUUCAUCAUCAAGUUUGAAACGAUUUGCUUCUCAAUGCUUAUGGGACUAGAGAAAAACGCUGAAGAACUUUAAUUCAAACAUCAAUAAUUAAUGCUAUCAAAAGAUACAAGCAAAGCUGGCUAGAAAAAGUUGUUAGCUCUUCCUGCUCCACCACAAGCCCCACCAACGAAAAAGAUUGCUGGGAAGAAGAUUUCAAAGGAGGAGAAGAUCAAGCAAUUAAGGGAGCAAGAUGAGGAUGUUACAAGGAGAUUAAAGAAGACACAUAUAGUAGAGGGAACUAUGAAGAUCCAAAACUUGAGAAAUGAAGACAUUAACGAGUAACUCAGAGAUAUGCUUCUCUCUGCAAAUAAGAGAUUCAAUGAACUUUACGGUUACUUCAACAAGGGUAUAAUGGCACUAUUGAAAUGGUGGGGAGAGCCUGAAUCUAUAAUACGUGAAUAAGAAGAAAAAGAAAGAAAGGAGAAAUAGGAGAGAGAUCGUAGGUAAAAAGAAGCUGAAGAAAAAAUGAGAUAUUUGAGGGCUUCAGGGGAGUAUGAAACAAUGCCAGAGGAGGAUAGAAGAUUAAUGUUAGGAUAUGAUUCAGCUGAAAACUAUAGAGAGGGUUCUCUGACUGCUAGUAAAAAUUAAUCAGUUAGAAACAGUAUGGCAGUACUGCCUUACACUGGGACUGGUUAAAUAAGAUCUAUUAAAAAUGCCAAAGCUCUUUAAUAGAUCGAAAAAAUUCAGAGAAAUAAGAUGGAAAAAGAAGAGUAAAAGAGACUUGAAGAAGAGAGAAAGUAAUAGUUAUCUGCUCGGAAAAACAGGAAAUUAAAGGAAUAAUUAGAGAAGAGGAAGCUAGAAUUAGGAAUAGGAAAGAAUGCUUAAGAGGUAAAAGCCCUUAUAUAUAAAGAGGGAUCUGUUUUAGCUGAAGGGGAUAAGCUCAAAAGAUUAGCUGAGUAGAAAUUGUUGAUACCUUAAAUAAAGCUGAUUGAUCUUGAAGAAGAGGAAGAAAGAGACAGAGAAUCUGUCAAUAUGUUUAUGAAGAAGUAUCAAAAGCUAUGGCGCAAUCUCUAUUAUAAGUAUAGCAAUUCUGGAUUUAGUUCAAAACCUAUUAAUAACUUUGACUAAUUUCACGAAAAAUCUCAAACAAUUAAUGCUGCUGAAAUGACUAAGUUAUUGAAAGAUCAUGGCACAUUCCCUAACUUAAUAAAUAAAGCUGAACUUCAGCAAUUAUUUAGAUUAGUAAAUACUAAGAUAAUCAACAGAGGAGAUCUUCAAGCUUUAGACUAUAAUGGUUAUCUUACAUUUAUGAUGUAAUUAGCAUUCUUCAGUUUCUCAAGAGCACCUAAGGAUCUCUCUCAUUUACCUCCAGUAGAAUAAAUAAGAGCACUUGUAGCGUAAUUUGAAUAAGCUACCAGAGCAAGAGGCAAUUCUACAGUUCUGUAUGAAGAUCCUGACGCUUCAGGAAUGGGUGAUCAAUAGCUAAUUAAAGCUCUCAACGAGAAAUUAUCUUAUGAUCCAAAUUAUCCCAUACCAGAAGGAUAUUUCAAAUAAGUAGAGAAGACCCCAGUUUAUGAGUAUAGAAUUUCUGAUUAAAUAAGAGAUCAACUACCGGAUUCAACUAUUGUUGGAGUAGAAAUUAUGGAUGAUUUGAUAAAUAUUCUAUUUGGAUUUCACAUGCUUGAGCCAUUAGUUUCCUUUGAAGAAAGAUUAAAGGUAAGACCAAGUGUAAAAAAUCUAGCUUAACCAGUAGCUGAGGCUCUAAGUUAUAUGAAGAAAGUAGAAAAGAAAACUAGAGCUGAAGAUACUCUAAAUCCAUACAAAUCACUUACAGCUUUAGAGAAAGCUAAAGUCAAUUCUGAAAUCAAACCAUCUAUCAAUAUUGAGUUAAAGCUUGAAGUUGCUUAAUAUCCACUUAGAGAAAGACCUCAUGUGCAAGAGGUAGCGGAGGUAUUAGAGGAAAUUCUUCAAGCAACAGAGAAAGGCUUAGAUUUCUUACCAGCAAGACCUAACAGAGCUCCUGGGCAAGUUUGGAAUGAGGUUAAACAAAAGAAAGAAGAAGAAAAGAAUAAAUAAUCUGAUAUAAUUAUCCAAAAAGAAGAAUUUAGAAAAAAGAGAGAUAACUAGGUCAAAUCAGAAUUACAAAGGAUAAAAGAUUAGAAAGCGAUGGAUUAUGAUGAAUAAAAAAGACAAAAAGAGGAUAGAGACAGACAAGAGAAAGAGAAUCAGAAAAAAUAGUAAGAUGACAUUAAGAGAAGACUUGAUAACAAAAAGAAGUAAAUCGAAGAUACUAAAACUGUUAAAUUAGAGGAAGUAUAGAAAAAGAGACAAGAAGACGAUGAAAAGAAUAAGGAACUUGAGGAUAAGAAAAAACGAGAAAGAGUUGAAUUCAUGAAGAAGCAGAAGUAAAAGCUAGAGGAAGAAUUCAGUUAGGCUAAAAAAAUCAGAGAAGAAGUAUCUGCUAAGCAAUAGGAACUUACUUAGAAGGAGAAGGAAUAUUAACAAAGAAUUAGAGCUAAUAUGGAGAACUUCAUCAAGGAAAACCAAAUGGAUAGAUAAAAGGAACAAUAAGAGCGUUAGCAGAUCAAUGAAUUUUUAAAGUAAUAAGAUGUUGAGAAUGUGUUUGGUUUAUAUGACAAGGCUCUUAGGCACAUGUUUAAGUUUUAUGCCUCCUAGGAUAAAAAAGAUUUAGAAUUUAAUCUAGAAAAAUCGAUGAAUAGUUGCAAUUUUAGAGAGUUCAUUAGAUUUACAUAUUAAUAACACAUAGUCCCCACGCUUCUACCUCCUGAAGAUUCAGUCUAGAUUUAUAGAGAGCUUAUAAGAGAAAGAAUAGAUUAAGUUUAAAGUGAAUAGGGCACAUAAACAUAUCUGAAUGAUAAGAUAAGUGCUUAGGUCUUAGAUUAUGAUUACUUCAAAAAAGCUUUAAUAAGAAUAGCUAUCAUGGCUUAGGAUGAGCUUGGAGGCUAAAAAGAAGAUUUAUUCUUACAAAAACUAGAUGUUGAAACGAAAAAGAGAUUAGAAGAAAGAAAAAAGAAAGAUAAACAAAGAAAAUUAUAGGGUGAGAAAAGCAAGAUGGAAUCACAAGCUUUGGAAGAAAUGAAAGAGGAAUUCAAGAAUUAGCUAUAAAAAACAUAAAAAUCUCCCUCAAAAAUUAAUAAAUUGGAGGUUACUUAUGAAAUAAAUCAAACAAUAAAGGAGAAUGAGGAUGCAUUUUUUGAGAAAUGGAUGAAAUAGAGAGAAGCAUAAGGUAUUAGUCUUAAAAAGAGAAUCAUUGGCAAAGAAAAAGAAGGACCUAAAAAAAUCAUAACAAAGAAGAAGAUUGUAUCUGGUGGUACUUAAGAUGAAAUGGAGGAUCUUAGGGAAGGUGAAGAUAUUGAGGAUGGCAACUAUCAAACAUAGAAAAGUAGAACUAAAGAUAUUGGAGGAAGUGCUGUGGUCAGAAAAACAAAGGCCUUGAAAGCUUUAAAGGAGUUAGAAGAGCAGGAAGCUAUCAAAGAUCAUCUUGGUUCAACUAAAAUUGAGCAUAAAAAGAUUAGAAAAGACUUAAAUGUGAUGAUUGUAACUGCAAAAACCAUCGAAGCAUUGAUGAAAUUCCUAGGCAUUGAACCAGAGGAUACGAAAUAAGGUCUUGAUAACAAACUUAACUAAGCGAGAAUUGAAAUACAAGGGCAAAAGCCAAAUAAAAUGAAGAAAUAACUAAAGCCUAACAAACUUGAAGCUAUUAAAUAUGGAACUAAUCAAUAAAGUCAUAAUUAAUUCGUAGAGGAAGACCACUAACAGCAAAAUAGUUCGAUUAAUAAUAAAGAUGACAGAGGUGUUGAAGAAGAAGAAUAGCUAUGA